AGCCAAAGGUGCCAGCUCGGUCAUGUGAUCAGCUGUGUCCAAUCACAGCUGAUCACAUCUCGAGAGGAAAGGAGAGCCAGUAUUCGGCUUUCCGCGGAGGGGACAUGUACACUGAUCAUCAGGGCACCAAUGAUCAGUGUGCCCUGAUGAUCAGUGUGGCCCCAGAAGUGCCACCUGUCAGUGUCCAUCAGUGCCAGCAGUCAGUGCUCAUCAGUGCCACGUGCCAGUGCCCAUCAGUGCCACAUCAAUGCCACAUAUCAGUGCCCAUCUGAGCUGCCUUUCAAUGUCACCCAUCAGUGCCAGUCAGUGCCACCUAUCAAUGCCAAUCAGUGCCACCUAUCAGUGCUGCCAGUCAGUGCCACCUAUCAGUGCCAGUCAGUGUCGCCUAUCAGUGCGCAUCAGUGCCGCCU